AUGGACUCCGCCCACAUCUACCAGCAAGUCCAAGACCACUACGGCUCCGCUGCCAAUAGUGGCGAUGCCAAAUAUUCCACAUCCGUAGCAAAAUCGUUUGGCUAUUCCGAGGAGGAACUGGCCAACAUCCCACAAGAGGCAAACCUGGGACUGAGUUGUGGUAACCCACUCGUUAUUGCAAGUCUAUCAGAGGGAGAGACAGUCAUCGACCUUGGCUCUGGCGCUGGUCUCGAUGUUUUCCUCGCUGCAAAGAAAGUUGGCUCCAGCGGCCGUGUCAUCGGUGUUGAUAUGAACAAGGAAAUGCUCGCUCGGGCAGAAAAAAAUAAGCAAAACUCCGGUGCUGACAACGUCAAGUUUGUCGAGUCGCAAAUUACAAAAAUCAAUCUCGAAUCCGGGAUAGCUGAUUGCAUUAUCUCCAACUGUGUUGUUAAUCUUGUUCCCGAGGCCGAAAAGCCGCUUGUCUUCAAGGAGAUAUUCCGUCUCUUGAAAUCCGGUGGACGUCUUGCAAUCUCUGAUAUCCUAGCGAAAAAGCCGCUCCCCGACAAGAUCGUACAGGACAUGUCACUGUAUGUUGGGUGUGUAGCCGGAGCCAGUCAGGUCUCGGGCUACGAGAAAUAUCUGCGUGAGGCUGGGUUUGAUAGCUUCCGGAUCGUCGAUACCAACAGCGACUUGAAUGUCUAUAUGGACAUGCUCGAGGAACCGAGCUGCGGCGGUGACAAGCAGCCUGUUGGUUGCUGCGCAAAUAUAAGCGACGGAAAGAAGAAGACUGUCGUCGCGGCCGGCACCCCGCGUGAUAUUAAUCUCAAUGAAUGGGCCGCUUCGUACAAGAUCUUCGCCGUCAAGCCGUGA